CCCGGUCCCGGUGCCGGUCCCGGUGCCGCCGCCAUGAGCGCUCCGGGGCCGCCGGGCCGCGGGUUGGUGUUCGCGGAGCGCCAGCUCCGGCGGCACGGCUGGAGGCGAGGGCAGGGGCUGGGCCGGCAGGAGCACGGCAUUGCCGAGCCCAUCCGGGUGAAGGUGAAGUGCGGCACAGCCGGGGUGGGACACGACGCAUCCGAGCCCUUCUCCUUCCACUGGUGGGACCACGUCUUCAACCAGGCGGCCGCCAACAUCGCGGUGGAGGCCGGGCAGGACGGCAUCUCCCUGAAGGCGCUUUCCAAGCAGGGAGUCAGGAUCAGCAAUAGGAAGCCCCACAAGGCCAGCGGCACCCCCGGCUUGUUGUACGGCCGCUUCGUGAAGUCGGCCACGCUCACAGCACACGGCGAGGAGCCCGCAGGCUCCGCGAGCAGCGAGGAGGAGGAGGAGGAGGAGGAGGAAGAGCUGGACCUGUCCUCAGCCAGGAGGCAAGGGGAUGAGGAGCUGAUGCGGGUGUGCGGGGGCCGCACAGCACACAAGGGUGCCCGGCACGGCCUGACGAUGAGCGCCAAGCUGGCGCGCCUGGAGGAGCAGGAACGAGCCUUCCUGGCCACGCUCGGACACGAGGAGCCCCCCGAGAGGCAGGGAAAGAAGAGGCAAAGGGAAGAGUGCAGGGAUGGAGCCAGUGCCGAGGCGCUGCAGAGGCAGGGGCCGAGCGAGGAGGAGGAGGGAGACGAAGGAAAGGCUGCAAAGAGGAAGAAGAAGAAGCACCAGGAGCCAAACGGAGAAGAGGAGGUGGCGGGAGAGGAAGGGAAGGCUGCAAGGAGGAAGAAGAAGCAGCAGCAGCAGCAGGAGGACAAAGAAGAGCCAAUUGAAGAGCCAGUUGUGGUGGAGAAGAAGAAAAGGAAGAAGCAGGAGAAGGAGAAUGAAGAAGAAUCAAUUGUGAUGGAGAUGGAGAAGAAGAAGCAGAAGGAGAACAAGGAAAAGCCAAUUGUGAUGGAGAAGAAGAAAAGGAAGAAGGAGAACAAAGAAGAACCAACUGUGAUGGGGAAGAAGAAGCGGCAGCAGCAGCAGGACAAAGAAGAGCCAGCUGAGGCAGAGAUGCCUCUGGAAGACACAGAUGGGCCAGACCAGGCCAGCCACAGCCCCAGGAAGAAGAAGAAGAGGAGGAGGAAGAAGGACCCGGAGUGAACAAGGGCCCCAUGGCUGGUUCCAUCUGGCUGCAAGGGUCCCAAUUCCUGUCCUUGGUGCCCAAGGAUGCUCUGGGCUCUUUGUGGCCUGGCCAAGCGUUCAUCCCUGCCUGGGGAUGCUGGGCUGGGACUGCUUGGUUUGGAGCUGGAUUGAGCUGGACUUCCAUCAGGGAGCACCCCACUUCCAAGCAGGGACCCCUUUGCCGUGGGGCUGUCCCUGAUGGACGCAAGGGGACAGACCCCAGAGAGCACCGAAACGUUCCGUCGAGGGCACACGAAUAAAGCUUUUAUUGCCA